AUUUAUGUUCCAGGACUCUCGUUAGGCGGUGGCCUGAUAGUACUAGCAUCUGCUUUGUCGGAUGCAUCGCUGGAAUUGCCGGGGAAGUACAGUCUGCCCUCUACGUCGAGUAUGCAAUCCGAUGACAACGGUUUGCCACAGUAUCAAUAUGGCUGGUGUCUUCAAUUGUCGGGGCUGGCAUUAAUCCUCGCGGAAGUGGCCGCUGUUUUGACUAUGUCUGGCUACAUGGCUCGUUUCUCCACGGUGGAAGAAAUGGUGAGAGUCAUGGUGCCCGGUGCUGAGAGAAAAUUGAGAGAACAGAGAGGAUUGAGUUCAGAGUACCUAGUUAGAGCUCAUCAAAAGUCACCUGGACCUCCACAGGCUCGAGGAUUCGGGCAGCCCUCGAAAACAUCCCAACGAGCUCCCGAGGAAGGAACGUCUCUGUUAUGCAAGACUGCCCCGGAUAUCUGUGCCUCGAACCCGCAAGCUAUCAGCUACGUCGAUAAAGCAGAUCUGUCCCACGUUUUACCAGCAUAUCCGGACGCGAAAAACAACGAUCCAAGAUAUACAUUCGGCGACAAGUCAGAAGCCAGCGUUAUCGACUCACGGUUAAGCGGCUUCGCUGAUAAAGAAGGUUUAAUCGAUUCUAGAAUUCUGUCUGACUCGCGGCAGAACAUGAUAGCUUUCACGGAAAAUAAAGAACACUCUGUUGGCCAAGAGCCGCGAUAUAACGAAUUCUCUCCUAAAACAACUGAACAAAACGUGGUGGACUCGAGGCUGAGUGGCUUUACCGAUAAGGAAGGUCUCCUUGAUUCCAGACUCAGUGGGUACGGUGAGAAGAACGAAUCGUUGUUGGACACUCCGUUCGGUUAUGACACGCGGUACAACAGCUUGGCAGGACAGACGGUGCCCAUCACUCUGAAGAAUCAGAACACGUCUGUUUCGGCUAUUCAAUCUCAAUACAUUUAUCAGAAUUUUGGCACGAUACAUUCUGGGAUUCUGAGGGUAUCCGAGCCAGGGACUAGUUCGAGUUCGAACUCGAGUCAGAGAAGUAUGACGCUACAGAAUCCGAAGAGGAAGUCGCAGAUCGCUCAAAACACAUUUAGCACGAUGGAGUGUGAGAAGAGGAAACGAGGACCUGGCUUGGCUGGUAAGACAGGUUUCUACACCGGCAGCGCCGUAUGACCACCACCACCUCCUCCGACGCCCAGGUAACUGCAAGAGGAGGAAACGCCGCUUUAAUCCUCUAUAAUUGAAAAUGAAGAGGAAUCAGUGGCGUGGAACCUGUUUCGUCGGAGGAACGUACUUCGUUUUGACAAUUCUCUUGAAAGAAAUUUGCAUUACCGAGAGAGAUACUCUGUUGUAUCUAUAAUUAACGACAUAGAUAUCGACAGUUAUAGUUAUCGUAUGAGUGGAUUGUAUCCACAGCUGGUCAUAUAGUUCCCUGUGAUUUCGUAGUCGAAAGAAAAACUAGAAACUGAGGAUUCGUUUGUGAAUAAGGUGCGGAUUAAAUGGAAAAUUUAAUUCAGACUUCUAAAAAAAAGAAAAAAGACUUGUAUAUAAACUAUCGAUAAUAAGGUUGAAAUCGAAAUCUCUCUCUCUACGAGAUAGUAACUCGAAACGAAUUUUUCUAACGUUUCGUAACUACACGACGUGUCACAUAGUCAUUAUAACAAGCGACAUGUUAAUCGAUAAAAUAAGGAGAAAACAAGAUUCGUAGUAGCGUGCAUAAACUAGGCGUAGCGUUAAGUGGCAUAGGCAACUUAUCUUUAAAGGGAUUAAUGUAUAGGGUCGAUUUUACCGGAUGAAUUUAUACCUAUUACCCGUGAGGCCGUGAUCUCUUUGCCACUGUAAGAUCUAGUCGAUCGUUGUUUGCGUCUCGAGCGUCGACGCAGGAACCGUGACAGAAGUGCAGUCGGUUACCAGUCGAUUGGUCCGCUUAAUUGUUUCACUGUUGUCGAGAUUAAGAGAUAAUUUCAACGCGUUCAUCAUCGCCAGUUUUCUCGAGACACUAUACACAAACUUCUCUUCGGUUAUCGUUUUCUAAAUGAAGCAACCGAUAUGACUCGUCCAUGGUUCGCAUGGAAAGUGGAUCAAGAGACGUGGAAACCUGCAACUCGCCGUUAAAUUUAUCCUCAACUAAUCACGUAAUCGUGUUCUCAGGCUGCAUAACCAAUCGAACGGAGUUGCAAGUCGAAGAGGAAUAUUAAUGUAGUCGAUAUGCUGUAACAUUUAACUCGGUGGUCGUGGUAUAGUCACGAAUACUCAAUCGGGCGUAAACUCGUCUGACCAUUUUCGGGAAAGAGGGAAUGCCGCGAAUUACCAACGAUAGUUUGAAUAAACGGCCGUCGGACGAAACGAAGCGAAAAAGAUUUUACCAUAGGAACGGAUCAUCAAACGACACGAUGCACAAUAAGUAUUAUUACACGAGGAAGAAGAAAUGAAGAUGGAUUAGAGUACAAAAACCAUUUUCUUACUAUUAUCGAACAACGUACCGUCAUUCGCUUAGCCGUCUACGAUUUAAAUCAUCGUUUCCCUUGAACUGUCACAUUCAUCUAUGGCAAAGUCUUUCAUUCCGUUCGCCAAUAUAUUGGACAUAUCAAGAACACGAAGAAAUGUUUUUAAAACUCUACCCGAGACGCUAAAAUCGUGACUUGAAUUCCCUUCCUCGAUUUUCUCGCGGGGGUGCUCCUGCGCAAGGGUUGAGAAUAUUUUGAACAUCUCAGAGAACCCAUCUCAAAGAAAUUUCAUUCUCGGACCGGAUCGUUGUUGUGUAUGUAACUUUGCAACUUGCGUAUAUUCACGUAUACAGAUGGUAGAUAAAUGUAAUAAAACGUUUCCUCUUCGUUUUUUUUUUUCUUUUUUU